AUGGGCGUGCAAACAAUGUGCAAACCUUUACCAUCAGAUUCAAACCCAUCAACAAGCUCAUAUCAAAAACCCUAUAGAAGAAAAUCUUAUAAUAGUUAUUCAAGAAAUGGUUGCAUACUUUGUAAAAAAGCUCAUGUAAAAUGUACUGAAGAAAAACCAGAAUGCUUCAGAUGUGUUAGAAUGAAUUUAGAAUGUGAAUAUGGUGAUAAUAUAAGAAAUAAUAUAAUUAAAAUCAGUUCUGCCCGUAAUUUAUCUCAAUCUACAAAUUUUACAACCAAUAAUUCGAAUCAUCUUAUUCAUUCUCAUAGCACUAAUAAUCUUCAUCAGCAUCAUAAUAAUAAUAAUAUUCAUACAAAUAAAAAAUCUUAUUCUUCAAGGCAAGGAAUUAAAUUUGUAAAUAAAUCUAAUUUUAUAUCAAAAAGAAUUAAUCAUCAUGAAUUUUUAAAAAAUUGGUUUGAAAAAGAAUCCAAGGAUGAUACAAUUUUAGAAGACAAUUAUUAUAAAAGAAAUUAUCCUUCUCUGAAAAAUUUAUUAGAAAAUAAACCAAGAUCAUCUUCAGACUCAGGUUUGAAUUAUUCAGAUAUUAAUGAUAAUAAAAGACAAACUUAUUUUAAUGUAUUUACUUUUUUCGUCCAGUCAGAUUUAAAUUUACUAAAAUUAUUAAAUUUCGAUUUUGACCAAAGAACUUCCUCAAUUACAUUAAGUAAUACUUCGGAUCUUUCCACUGUAAAAGUUGCUAUUGAUAGUUCAUUCGAUUGCUCUACUGAAACCUACAAAAGUGAUAUAGAAAAUUUAAUCAAAACUACUUUCAAAACAACAUGUGACGAUCUAAAUAAGGAAGAUAUGUUGGAUGAUAAAAAAAAAAGUUUGCAUUUAUUAUUGGAAAAUGAUCCAAUUGCAAAUAUUAUCAAAAAUAUGAAUGGCAAUACAAAAGAUGUUUUAAAUACUUUAAAUUUAGAUGAUGUAAUCUUAAUGAAAUAUUGCUGGAGAACUUUUGCCUACUUUAUUGCAAAUGGAACUUUUAAAUGUACUUUACCGUCUGUAUUUUCCAAUUACAUCUCAAAUUUGAAAUCUAUACUGAUUAAAUCUACUGAGUUACAACAAGCAAUGAGAUAUAUAGUUUCUACAUUUUUAAAAGCUGAAUAUACUAAAAGUAAUCAAUUAGAAUUGGCAGCUAGUUGGGAUCGUUAUGUUAGAUUACCAACUCUUGAAGUCUGUUUAAAAUUUGCCAAUGAUUAUGUUCAAAAUUUAUCAAGUUCUGAAGAUUAUUUGUUUUUAGUAUUGUUUUCUGCCAUAUUAUUUAAAGGUAAUAAGUUUGGGGGUAAUCCAACUUGGAGACUUCAUGUAAGAGAAAUGACUAGACUAAUUAGAAUUACUGAGGAUUUAUUAGAUUUGGAAAACCAAAAAGUUUCAGCCAAUGGUAUUGGUGCUCCAUAUUUAUACUCAAAGACCUUUAUUGGUUAUACUGAAUUAUUGAAUUGGAUAAUUUGUGAUGAAGGUGGUGCAAUUUCAAGCAAUAAAUCUCUAAGUUUUCUUUUUGCUAAAUCCUCUUAUUUACCAUCAUGCCUAAUUGGCAAAAAAUAUAAUAUCUUAACUGGAUAUAUGAUCACUCUACAUCCAAUUCUUAGAUCUAUUACUUUAGAGAUUGUAAAAUUGAAAGCCAAAGGUAUAAACAUUUCAGGUUUUAAUAUAAUUUUGUUUAAAUUCUUCAACAAGACUACAUCAAUUAAACAAAAAUUUAAUUUAUUUGGUGAAAAAAUUUUAACUAAAUUGGAGAAUUUAUCUUCUUAUAAUGAUUUACAAACUUGUUUACAAGAUAUUCAAGAAACUAAUCCCAGAUUGCAUUUAAUUUUAACAAAUUGUCAUAACGUUAGUCAGUUGACUUUGGAAGUUUAUAUCAGAACAUUUUUCAUUACUCCAAGCUUUGAAAAUAGUGAAAAAAUCAUCAAUCUUUUAACUUCAAUUUUAACUAUUUGGAAUUCAAUGCCUGAAACUGUAAGUACUGGCACUGUAUCCUUGUGGGCACUUUAUAUUCCAGCUUUAAUUUCAAGAAUUUCUCAUCAUGAGACGUUGUUUAAUGGGUUUUAUGGAAUUCUAAAACAAUAUUCUAAUUCAUAUAUUUUCUUAGCUUCAAGGUUGAUAGGUAAAUUGGAUGCAUUGAAUAAAAUGAUAAAGGAAAACAAAAUCGAACAUUUAACAGAAUACGAAUGUGAUUUUCCAAUAUCCUAG